AUGAAGGCUGAUACUGUUCUUGACUAUGCAAUAUUUGAGCUUUCCUCAAAACAUUCUCUAUGCGAAUUGUUUGUAUCGAGUAAUGGUGAAACAGAGAAACUGGCAUCAGGAUCGAUAGAGCCAUUUGUGAAUCAUUUGAGAGUUCUUGAGUCUCAAGCAACACAGAGAGUACAAUCUUCUGUUAGACUGGAAGUAGAAAAAAGCGGAUAUGGCGAAUCUUGGUUCACAAGAAGAACACUCGAGAGACUUGUUCAGUUUGUUAGUAGUCCAGAAGUUUUGGAAAGAGUCAAUACAUUUGAUUCGGAAAUGUCACAGUUGGAAGCAGCUCGGACAUUAUAUUCUCAAGACGAUGGAGGCGUCACAGAUGCAACAAAGAAGGAGCUCUUAAAGGCUAUAGAUUUAAGACUCGAGGCAAUUAAAAAGGACUUAACCACAGCGAUCGCUAAUGCAUCAGCUAAUGGUUUUGACCCUCAAACUGUUUCUGAUCUCCAACAUUUUGCUGAUAGAUUCGGCGCACAUCAUUUGGACGAAGCAUGCGACAAAUAUGUUUCACUAUGUCAGAGAAGACCGGACCUGAUCACGAAGAAUUUGAAUACCAGUACACAAACAUCAGUCAAUGAAACAAACAUCAGUCAACAUCAAAGUACUAAGAGCACUAAGAAUGAUGAAGAGGAGAAAAAAGAUGAGAGUUUGAAUGAGUCUUCUACGGUUAAGACCAGUCAUCAUACAAGGAGACUUAGCGUACAAGACAGGAUUAACCUCUUCGAGAGCAAACAGAAGGAAAACUCAAACUCUGCGGGAAACAAACCGGUAGUGGUUGCUAAAUCCACGGAGUUGAAGAGACUUUCCUCUGAUGUCUCAUCAGCUACUCCUGUAGUCUCUGAGAAAUCUGUCUUAAGAAGAUGGAGUAAUGUUAGUGACAUGAGCAUUGAUAUGACAUUGGAUAAUAAGAAGUUUGACAAUAGUAGCACCGAAGAAGGUCCCUCGAGCAUACCAUCAUCUGCUAAUCCUGAUGCAACAGUGCCAAAGGACUUUGGAGAAAAUACUAAACAGGGCGAUGAUGAUUCUCAAAACCAGACUGAUGUUAAUUUCAGGCAGAGAGAAGAGGAGAGCUAUGCAUCCAAAUCCCACAAUGUGGCACAAUCAUCAGUCAUGUUUUCUUAUCGACAUUCACCUUCUCGGUCUGCCCAUAUAGCAGGUGGUAUUGGUAUUAAAAGUGAUGAACUUCAAUCUAAGAAAGAAAUGUUUCCAUCAGAUAAGCAACCAGCCUUAACAACCUCUCCAAAACCAGUUUCUGCAGGGUCUGAACAGAGACAAAAGUCAUUAGGUGUGGAGGAUGAUCUUGAUGUCAGUCUUGUGAAUCAAGAUUCACCUGGAAAAAUGAACAAUAGUAGGCUUCGUGAGACGUCCGUGGAUCAAAUACAGAGGACAAGGAUGUCUAGAGAAAACCAAGAUGUUAACGACGAGUUGAAACUGAAGGCAAAUGAUCUUGAGAAGAUUUUCUCAGAGCAUAAACUCCGGAUUCUACCAGGAGAUCAACCAGCUGGUAAUGAAAAAGACGAUGGGAAUGUUGUAAUGCGGAGGAAUCUAUCUGAUUUAAGUUAUUCAGAUGAUUCUAAAGGAAAGUUAUAUGAGAAGUAUAUGAAGAAAAGGGAUGCAAAACUGAGAGAAGAGUGGAGUACGAAAGAAAUGAAGUUGAAGUCAAUGCAAGAAGCUCUUGAGCAAAGUAGAACCGAGAUGAAGUCUAAGUUUUCCGCUGCAUCCGAGAAGAAGAAACAGGAUUCGAUAUCAAGUACCCGCCAACGUGCAGAGAAAUUUCGAUCUUUUAAUUCUCGGUCUAGUACUAAAAAGUUUCAGCAUCCUAUAAGCUCAUUACAGAGCGAAGAAGAAGACGAAAAAGACAAGCAAUCCAUUGGGAAGAAUGCUUCUAGGAGCUCCCUAGUUAGAAAAGCUCCAUCACCAAACCGAAGCUCCCGCGUCUCGAAACCAUCAGGUAACGUUUCAAACACUAACACUACUUCCGGGAGAGGUCGAAGAACAACAAAUCCGGUUACACAAUCUUCUAUUCCUAAUUUCUCUGAUCUUAAGAAGGAAAACACAAAACCAUCUUCUUUAGCUGUUAGAAAUACUCCAAUGAUGCGAGCACAGGUGAGAAGUAGUAAUAAUAAGAAGACUACAACAAAGGAAGAUAUACCGUCUCCUGUUAAGCCUCGAAGACCAAGAUCAUUAAGGAAAAGCUUCUCUGCGAACAUAGAAUUCACAGAAUUGACAACUCUCUACUCUGAUGAUAUGAUGAACAAAGAGAGGAAUCAGAAGCAGAACACAGAAACUGAUGAUGUAUCGGAGAACGUGAAAGGCGAAGAAUUUGAGGAAAAUGACUAUGAGGCAGAGGAAGAAAAAGAAGUUGUGGAGAAUUCUGUCAAAGAAGAAGAAGAAGAAGAAGCUAGAGAAAUGGAAACUGUAGUAGUUGAAGAUUUUGUUGAUGAAAAGCCUUCACUUACUGACAAAAUUGAGAACUCAUCAGAGGAUGAAAAUUUCACUUCUUUGAGAUCAGUUUCUCAUGUAGACUUACCGGCGACUACUACUCUACCUUCUUCAACAUUUCAGCAUACUGUUGCUUCGUUAAUGGAUUCACCUAAUGAGAGUCCUCUCUCAUGGAACUCAAACUUGCAACACGCAUUCUCUUAUCCGCACGAGCAUUCGGAUGUUGAUGCUUCGAUGGAUUAUUCUCCAAUGGGAAGUCCAGCUUCUUGGAGUUCAAGAAUGAGAAAGAAAUGGGGAACAACAGCUCCUGUUAUUGUUUCCAAUUCUUCUCCACUCCAUUCUCGAAAGGAUUUAGCGAGAGGGAUCAAACGUUUGCUAAAGUUUGGAAAGAAAACUCGUGCUGCGGAUAAUCUAAUGGAUUGGGUUUCUGUAACGACAUCUGAAGGUGAUGAUGAUUUCGCUUAUCGAUCAUCGGAUGAAUUAAGAAAAUCAAGAAUGGCAUCUUCUCAAAGUCAGCUUUCUGAAGAUGAACAAGCUUCAAACAAUGUUAUUCAUGGAGAUCAUCAUCAAGCCAGCUUUAGAGUGAAAGAUGGUGAGUUUAAGAGAUCAUUCUUCUCACUUUCUUCAUUCCGUAGCAAAGGAAAUGAGUCCAAGCCAAGAUAA